CCAGAUGGAGAAACAAACAGGCCCUAAUUACAAUUCUUGGUAGGUCUCAUGUCAUAUUUACUUCAAUAGGUAUGUUCAAACUAUAUAGUAAAACAUUCCAUGUAGCCACUUGGUUCAAGAAAAUGUGCAUUUUCAUGGUAGAUGAGUCGAAAAUCGAAUAGAGAGAGGAAAUUAAAAAUGGAAAACGGAGGCACGUGACAAACACUGCCUAAUCGCUGAGCUCAACAGAAAUAGAGUGUCUUUCACGUAACAAGUCAACUAGCGCUCAAGUGAAAACAAAAGAAUGUUCAGCGAAUCAGCCAGGCACUUUCCUUUUCUACCGCAAACACUCGCCCUAUACUAUAAAUAGGAGUCAGCGAGAACAAGAUUAGUUAGACAACCACAACUCUUACCAGCAGACAGAAUCAUCACAUCUGGUGUUUAACGGUAGGCAAGGAAGGAAAGGAGACGAUGACCUCGUACAAGCUAUUUUUGAGUGCAAUAAGCAAGAAAAGUUUAUGGGACUGUCUCUUUCUCGUCGUCUACGCGACCCUCUUGUUUUCUUCGUGGAACUGGCUGAGUUCGAUUGUUGACUGGUACGGAGAGAACCACAAGACAUCAUCUGUUUGGCCUGCGGUUUUCGCUUCGUUGCUUGUUGGAGCAGUGUUCGGAGUUCUGACGAUGGCGGCGGCUCUGUUCAUAGCUGCGCCGGCCAUCGUUGUGAUAUGGACAUCAGUGGUGGUGGCGAUGGCGUUCGCAGGGGAAUCGAGUAGGUGGGUGGUGGUUGAAGGAAGGAAAGCGACGAGAGAGAUCGUUGGGUGUGUGUUUAAGGAUCUACUUAAAGUAGGAAAUGUUGUGGCUCUUCUGUGUGCUCUGCUUGCUUACUUUGUCUUCUUCAGCUCUUACUCUUCCUCCUCAUCUUGCCCUUAGUAUAACAAGAUGCAAAUACGAUAUUCUUCCUUGGAUAGAUGUGUUUUUUUUUUAUUUCUGAUGUCAGAACGAAUGCUUCCACGUCAUUUGUCUGUAUUGUUUUUUGUUAUUUCUUGAGCACAGUUUCUUAUUUUUGUUGGUCACUCUGUCUUUUAUAUGUCUGUGGUAAAGCUUCUGAACUAUGAUAUGGGGCUUUAGAGCCCAUUGAGCUUA